AUGUUAGGUAGGACUGACCCACCCGUCCGGCCAAACAUAAUAAUACUGGUGGCGGACGACCGGGGAUGUGGUGAUGUGAGCUACCACUCGGAUCAGAUACUGACCCCUAAUAUCGACACCCUGUCCGAUAACAGUAUACUACUGAACAACUACUACACGUCACCGGUAAAUGGCAUUUGGGUUUCUAUCGGCACGAGUUUGCCCCGACCUACCGGGGCUUUGGGCUACUGGUCCGGAUCGGGCGACCACUACGAGCACACGGCCCUCGAGGACAAGCGCUUCUGGGGACUGGACUUCCGGAAUAACAUGGAUCUCAUCACAAACCCCACCGGAAUCUACUCGACCCACUAUUUCACCGACAGGUCUACCGUUCACGCGAGCCUCUCGUAUGACAGGCUACAGGCGCCCCAGAAGUCAAUAGGACAGAUAGUCCGGGCCCUAAAUGACCGGCAAAUACUAACAAACAGUAUUGUGGUGUUUGUGAGCGAUAACGGGGGAGCGGUAAAUGGCUUCAGAGGAAACGCUGCCUCGAAUUGGCCCCUAAGGGGUGUUAAGGCGACCCUCUGGGAGGGCGGCAUCAGAGUUCCGGCAUUUAUAUGGAGUCCUCUACUCAACAAAACGGGUUACGUAUACCAGGCGCUCAUACAUGUGUCGGAUGUCAUGCCCAUUAUAUUAGAGACUAUCGGUGAUCAUGUUCUUGAAAUCGCAAUCAAAACAAAAACACCGAUCUAUGGCCAGUCGCAGUGGAAAACACUUUCGUACGAUAGGCCGUCCCCUCGUUCAGAGCUCGUCCAUAAUGUGGACCCCAUUGCUGGCGAUCAACCAAAACAGGUAUCGCACCGGGAUUUAAAGCAAUGGAUCCAACAUGUGAUCCCGUGUUACAUGACUACGCUUGAAGUUGUUGGAGGGAUAGGGACUACUCAUCAUUAUGAGAGGGGAACUGGAUUUUCUGAGGGACAGACUGAACCACCCGUCCGGCCAAACAUCAUAAUACUGGUGGCCGACGACCUGGGAUGGGGUGAUGUGGGCUACCACUCGGAUCAGAUGCUGACCCCAAACAUCGACACCCUGGCAGCCAAUGGUAUACUACUGAACAACUACUACACGUCACCGGUAUGUUCACCGAGUCGGGGGGCACUCCUAACCAGUGUCCACCCGAUUCACAGUGGACUACAAAACUAUGUGAUUUUAACGGCCAGUCCGUGGGGAAUGCCGUUGGAUAUCAAAACAUUGCCGCAAUAUCUCAAAAGUUACGAUUAUAGCACACAUGCCAUAGGUAAAUGGCAUUUGGGUUUCUAUCGGCACGAGUUUACCCCGACCUACCGGGGCUUCGACUCGCACGUGGGCUACUGGUCCGGAUCGGGCGACUACUACGAUCAUACAGCCCUCGAGGACAGACACUUUUGGGGACUGGACUUCCGGCAUAACAUGGAUCUCAUCACAAAUGCCACGGGAAUCUACUCGACCAACUAUUUCACCGACAGAUGCCUACAAGUCAUAUCAGAUCACAACACAUCUCAACCCCUGUUCCUAUACGUGGCCUACCAGGCCGUUCACGGGGCUAACAAUUACGCCAGACUACAGGCGCCCCAGAAGUACAUCGAUAUGUUCACUCAUAUUAAGUCUAUGGACCGCCGGAUAUUCGCCGCUAUGGCUUACGCUAUGGAUGAGUCCAUAGGACAGGUAGUCCGGGCCUUAAAUGACCGGCAAAUGUUGGCAAACAGUAUUGUAGUGUUUGUGAGCGAUAACGGGGGGCCGGCCAGUGGUUUCACAGGAAACGCUGCCUCGAAUUGGCCCCUAAGGGGUGUUAAGGCGACCCUCUGGGAGGGCGGCAUCAGAGUUCCGGCAUUUAUAUGGAGUCCACUACUCAACAAAACGGGUUACGUAUCCCAGGCCCUAAUACAUGUGUCGGAUGUCAUGCCCACUAUAUUAGAGGCUAUCGGCGCUCAUGAUCUCGAAAAUCGCAGUCAAAACAAAACUACAAAAACUCCGAUCUAUGGCCAGUCGCAGUGGAAAACACUUUCGUACGACAGGCCGUCCCCUCGUUCAGAGCUCGUCCAUAAUGUGGACCCCAUUUGGAACGUGUCGGCCAUCAGGUCAGGGGACUGGAAGCUCAUCCAAGGCCUGGUGUUCCCCGACUGGUCUGAAUGGUACCCACCCUUUGGUGGUGUCCCAGACCUUGAUAAUGAUGGCACAUAUCAUAGUAACUUCCAAUCGCUCCGGAAUUUGCAUCGAUUUAGUUGCCUAUCAUAUCAAGUGCUCAAAGAUAUGGACAGACAUCCAGAUUAUGAUAUAUUAAGGGAUGGUAUCCUUGAUUGCGGGGUAAAGCCGGUGAACGCGUCCACCAAUUGUCGGCCAGACAUUGAUUUAUGUCUGUAUGACGUGAAGGCUGAUCCCUGCGAGUACCACAACGUAGCGGAUAAGUAUCCAGAAGUGGUUAAGGAGUUAUGGCAUAAAUUACUGGCGAUCAACCAAACAGCUGUCACACCGGGAACUAAACCAAGUGAUUCAACAUGUGAUCCCGUAUUGCAUGACUACGCCUGGAGUUGUUGGAGGGAUGACUAG